CCCACACCCACCCACACCCACCCACACCCACCCACACCCACACCCAGCUGCAUUUUGGUGAAUGGCGUACCAUUUCACAAUUUCAGUUUUUUCACGUAACGACAAACGAAAACUUUUACUCAGGGUGAAGAAAAUGUGAAAAAAGUUAGAGUUAUACAAACAACAGAAGAUGUAAAGAGAAACAAAAAAUAAACCAGUCGAUAAAAGAGAUAACCACUAGUAUUGUUGUCUUCUAGAUGCCACUCCUCACACAUAUAAGUACUAUAAGAGAACAAACAAUAAUAUUCGCUUUCUUUUUUUUACAUACACUAUAUUUGUAUGCUCUUGGAUCAAUUACUACAUCUACAUAUCGUUCAUAUGCUCAAUCUUUUAUUUAUCACACCUAGUAUAUGUGGUAUAAAUAUCAGGCCUAAGCAACAAUCUAUAAGAUAGAAAUCGAAAAAAAAAAAUACUAUUUUUCCUUACUUUUGGGCCACCCGGUAUGUGAGUUCCACAUUUCAGCUCCAAAGGAGCUGCGCUAACAAGCUUUUUUAUUCAUAUCCAAAACAAACCAUAUUACAUUGGUAUACUUGUAAUAUAUUCCAGUGGGCCGUUUUAAAGCACGUAAUAAAUGAAAGUAGCUAACGCCAUCUGACAUGCUGGUUAAUAUAAAAAUGUUCUGUUCAAUGAUAAUGCAAGUGGCAACGCAGUUUUUACAAAACUGAAAAACUUUACAAAUCGCGAAAAUUUCCCCGAAAAUAUGGUAGUAGGGUCAAAGUUUCAUGUGAUAACUCUUUGAAAAUCUGGUCAUUUUCCAAAAAGCCAUAUAUAUUCGGAAAGAGGAAGCUUUGCUGCAUCUUCCUAUGAUAAAAACUCAACUUCAAUAUUUUUUGAAAAAUUCGAUUUUCUAAGGGAGUGGUGGGGGCCCUUAAGGAAACCUCCAUAGUAUAGGACUUGACGUCUUAAGGAAGCGCUCAUUAUAUAGGACUUGAGGUUGAGGACCUCCUCUAUAUAGGAUGUGAGGACCUAAAGUUACCCCCCUAAUAUAGGACUUGAAGACCCUGAGUACAGUUAAGAGAAAUAUUCCAUUAGUCUUAAUAUUAAACCCAAACAGUUUGGGUUUAUUGCAUGCCUACUUCUUUCUCUCUUAUUCUCUCUCUGUUUUCUCGUUGCAUAUUUUUCUUCUUUAAUUUGCUGGCACACUCAUACAUGCACAUACUGCUUCUUUGUUUUCUUUCUGGUCUUCUCUUCAUAUGUGCUUAUAAUUCCAUUCAAUAUGAAUAAAUGCGCAUAAUGCCAUUAGUUCCAUUAGUGUUGUUUUUUUCUCGAAAAAACUGUGAACGAAAAAGUGAAAAAAAUACCAUGCUGUCGUUUGAAAAAGUUGAAGUGCAAAGGUACUUUUGUUUCAAUUAUAGUUAAAAGGCUUUCAACAGCACUACUUUAUGAUCAUAUCCAAAUGCUGCCCACUUUCCUUCAGAUAGACAAUGAUCUAUACGAUCCACACUAUAAUCCCUUAGUCGAAGUGAGUGUUCUGAAACUGUUUUCUGUUAACACCUGCAUGUCUUCAUCUGUAUACUGUUUAGAACCAGUCAUCAUCAGUUAUCAAAUUAGUGGAUUUAAAGACUGUACCUACUGCUCGAGAGGAGACCUUCACAUCAUCGAAAUUUAGAAUAACUAUACUAAUUGGUUGCAUCAUAAUUGUGAUGCUCGCAAUUGCUAUAGCAGUACCUUUUCUAUGGAUAAUUAUAUCGACAUCAUCUACCAGUACUACAAGUACCACAACCAGUACCAGUACUACAAGUACUACAACCAGUACAAGUACCACAAGCAGUACCAGUAGUACAAGUAGUACAAGUAGCACAAGUACUACAAGCAGUACAAGUACCACAAGUAGUACCAGUAGUACAAGUAGUACAAGUAGUACAAGUAGCACAAGUACUACAAGCAGAACAAGUACCACAAGUAGUACCAGUAGUACAAGUAGUACAAGUAGCACAACUACUACAACUAUUAUAUGUCAAAAUGGGUACGUCUUUUUCUUGAUGCUUUCUAGUCCUUUUUUUUACCUAUAUGCAAAAAAAACCCAUCUCCCCUUAACUUUUCUUUGUAGAGGUACCCCACUUUGGAAUGGUUCAUGUGCAUGUAAUAACUAUACAACGGGCACCUAUUGUCAAACGCCACUCUGCCUUGUUGCCGGUUCCUUUUCGACGACCUGCUCACACAGUGGUACCUGCAUCUACAAUGCAUCGACAAGUACGAGUACUUGUUCAUGUCCUUCGAGCACUUGGACAGGUAUGUAUGUGUGUCUUGAAGAUACAGAAGACUUGAACUUUUUAAUUAUUGCAAAUGAUUGUUUAUCUUUGUAGGAAGUUAUUGUCAAACUCGUAAGUUUAUAUCUGAUUAAUAGAGUGCAGUCAGAUGAACCAUUUCUUCUUUCCGUAUGUAUUUUUUUAGCUCUAUGUCCCAAUUGUAAUAAUAACUGUGGGCAUGGCUAUUGUAAUUCACCGUCGAGUUGUUAUUGCAGUAGUGGUUAUCAAGGAACAUGCUGUAACUCAGCUAUUACAAGUGGUCAAUGUCUGUCUCUCAGCCCCGCGAGUACAACCUCUUGGGGUGAGCAGAUGGCUAAAAGCUAUCUCAACUAUUAUUUAUUUGACGAAAAUUAUCAGCUUUUCUUUUUAUAGGCAAUGGAUUUAACAACACUUUCUAUGGUCACGAACAUGAUGUGGUUAAUGUUUCCUGCUCAGCGGGAAAAAGUCUUACAGUUGCUGCAUGUUUUUAUGGUAUUAAUAGUGCUAAUCCUGGAUGUGGUGGAUCGACAGUCUCGGCAAAUUGUAACUCUAUGGAUGUUUCUUCAACAUGUAGGACACUAUGUAAUUCGAAUUAUUGCUAUUUUGCAAUUGAAAAUACAAAUUUUGGCGAUACAUGCUAUGGUCUACUAAAAAUAUUCUGGAUGUAUUUUACAUGUGCAUAAUUCGGGAGAGACAUAUCAAUGCUUUUGUAUUUUUUUAAAGUUUAUUUGUGUGCUAACUCAAAGUCUACAGCAAACUGAAAGCGGGUAUACAAACGAUGCGCACGAGCUUGCGCAUGCUGCUUGAAAACAAACCGAACUCUUUCAACCACAUCUUCACCCUCACCUACCCUCGCCCUCACCCUCAUCCAAACCUGCGCCCUUACCCACAUUUCGUACCCUCAUCAGUAGGGUGUGGGUGUGGGUUGGUGUGGGUGUGAGCGGAAAUGCGCAUGGUUCUUCUCUUCAUCCAUACCCACACCCCACCCACUCAUACUCCACCCAACCACACCCACACCCACACCCACACCCGCACUCCACCCACCCACACCCACACCCACACCCACACCC